AUGGAUCGUAAGAUCCGCUCUGACCGCUUUUCAUAUCGUGGUGCACCUUACAGACGAGAGUCGCGUCGGGGUUACAGCCAAAGCAACCUGUGCAAGAACUGCAAACGACCAGGUCAUUAUGCUAGAGAGUGCUCCAAUGUGGCAAUUUGUCACAACUGUGGCCUUCCCGGGCAUAUUGCUUCAGAAUGCACCACGAAAUCUUUAUGUUGGAACUGUCGGGAACCUGGGCACUUGGCCAGCACCUGUCCAAAUGAGGGAAUCUGCCACACUUGUGGCAAGGCUGGACAUCGAGCUAAAGAGUGCACAGCAACACCCAUGCCACCUGGUGACUUGAGGUUAUGCAACAACUGCUAUAAGCAGGGUCAUUUUGCGGUUGACUGUACAAAUGACAAAGCAUGCAAUAACUGUAGGAAAACAGGUCACCUAGCACGCGAAUGCCCCAAUGAGCCUAUUUGCAACAUGUGCAAUGUAGCUGGGCAUGUAGCUAGGCAAUGCCCAAAAUCAACCAUGCUGGGAGAUCGGGGAGGUAUACGCAGCGGUGGUUACCAAGACAUUGUAUGCAGGAACUGCCACCAGUAUGGACAUAUGAGCAGGGAUUGCAUGGGCCCCUUGAUGAUCUGUCACAAUUGUGGGGGCCGAGGACACAGGGCAAUUGAGUGCCCUUCUGGAAGGAUGAUGGACCGCUAUCCCCAGAGGUUCUACCGUUGA